CGACAGCCACGUGAACGGACUUCGCGAACGGAGCGCUUUCAAUUGCUUUGACACACCGACUUCCUUCCAUGUAAGAGCCUUGACUGCUUAGCCUUUCUCGUGCGGUCCCUGACCCACCGGCUGGUCUCCAUGCCCAAACUGCUCGCCCCAUUGGACCACAGCCGAGGAGCCAAAUCCAAUCACUUCGCGAAGUCGCGUCGCAGAUGACCUGGGGGUGAUGAGGGAAUGAAUGAUGGCGAAGAACAAGUCCGCAUGGCGGAAGGUCUAUAAAACGGACUUUCCACACACCCUCUCUUCACGAAUCGCACUUCUCUCUCUCUCUCUACACCGCCCCCAUGUCGUCGCACGGCCCCGUCCCUUCGUCCUCCUCGAAAGUGUGGAUCGACCCCGCGCUACUGCCAAGCGACCUAGAGACGGAUAUCGCGUCCGUCGCCGGCAACGCACCCGACGGCGUGAAGCAGCUCGUCGUCAACACGUUCUACGCGUACGGCGUCGGCACGUCCCCGGACACGUUCGGGUACCGCGUCGGCCGGGCGACGCGGUGGGUCGACAUGAGCGUGUCUGCAGCCGAGCCCCAAGCGAGUGUGAAGAAGGGAAAGCAGCGGAUGGAGGCGGUGACCGUGGCUGAGGUCACCGUGAGUAAAGAUAUGCUGAACGGCGCUGGUAUGCUGCACGGCGGAUGCCUCACCUACCUCAUCGACAACUGUGCAUCGACGCCACUCAUCGUUCUCGGUCUUUUGUCGGGGAUGAACGGCGUCGGCGUCACGCAAUCCAUGAAUGUCCUGUUCCAUGCACCAGCCCCACUGUGCGCAUCUAUCUAUAACUUCUGACUCCUCUUUUCUCACGUCCUGUAGCGGCACGCGGCUCAGAAUCACUUCGUCGACAAUUGCACUCGGAGGCCGGGUUAUGACUGCACGGUGUGAGGUGAGAACAACCCCACAACUUCCCCAUCCACCCCAUCCCCAUUCUUGCGUCCGGGUUGGAUCGACAGACGGGGGCGGAUUGUUCACGCUUCGUCCUUUUCUGAUCAUUCAUCUCUCGUCGGGCUAGAGCGCUUGGGCUGGCGGAUCCAGAUGCGAUCAUCAGCCGUCCAGAUCACCGCUCUAGUCACUAGCUUUGUCCGCCCGUCCGUUUCGUUCUGCACACCUAACUCAAUGUUGUUUCCCAAUGGCUUGCUGACUCGAGCCCCUCGCAGAUUACGGAUGACCGGAGCGGUCGCGUGGUAGCAUCCGCCUUCCUGAACAAGAUGCAGCCGCAGACGACUCAAUCGAAACUAUAAAAGCUUGUGUCGACUCUGCGUGCGUAAAGCGCCUGUAGUUGCUAUGUAUGCCUGGCGGCGGAUUCCGGAUUCCAUGGAUAUAGAAGGAUUUAAGGUUAUUUAGCGGAUUGGAAACGUAUGCAUUUUUCUGCGUUGGAUUUAGCAUUUCAGAGCACCGCGCUUCGAGUCUACUUCCCGAGAGCCCUUAC